CUGGAACCCCGUGGUCCACAUGACCUCUCCCAGUCACAACAAUGUGGAGCGUGUGUCUGCUGAGGAGAAGUUUCCACUCGAGUCUGAGGCUCAUGAAGCAGCAGAAAGGUAGAAGCGCGGCCGAGCAGCGCUGGUUGACCCGGCAGCUCAAAGACCCGUAUGUCAAAGCCUCUCACAAGCUGAACUUCCGCUGCAGAAGCGCCUUCAAGCUGCUGGAGAUAGACGACAAGUUCCGGCUGCUGCAGCCCGGAGACUCCGUGGUGGACUGCGGGGCUGCGCCCGGAGCCUGGAGCCAGGUGGUCGUCCAGAGGGUCAGCUCAGCCGGGACAGGUGAGAGGGCAGUCGGGGAGAUGUUCAUGGAUCAACACCAGACAUGGUUUCAUGAUUAAGCUCUGGAAACCUGUUGUUUAUUUAUGUAUUCAUCAGAAUCAGAAUCAGUAUUCUUUUAUUUGCCAAGUAUAUUUGCACAUACAGGAAAUUGCCUUGGUGUGGUUGGUGCACUGUACAGCCGUAGCCAAAAGUUUUGAGAAGGGCACAAAUCUAAAUAAGUCUGAUGCCUCAGUUUUUAUGAUGGCAAUUUACAUAUACUCCAGAAUGUUAUGAAGAGUGAUCAGAUGAAUUGCAAUUAAUUGCAAAGUUCCUCUUUGCCAUGAAAAUUUACUUUAUUUCCAAAAAAACAUUUCCACUGCAUUUCAGCCCUGCCACAAAAGGACCAGCUGACAUCAUGUCAGUGAUUCUCUUGUUAACACAGGGAAGAGAGUUGACCUGGACAAGUCUGGAGAUCACUCUGACAUGCUGAUUACGACAGAAUUGCAGACUGGAAGCUUUAAACUGUGGGUGGUGCUUGGAAUCACUGUUCUUCCUCUGUUAACCAUGGUUAUCUGCAAGGAAACACGUGCAGUCUUCAUUAUUUUUGCACAAAAAGGGCUUCACAGGCAAGGAUAUUGCUGCUAGUAAGAUUGCACCUAAAUCUACCAUUUAUUGGAUCAUCAAGAACUUCAAGGAUAGAGGUUCAAUUGUUGUGAAAAAGGCUUCAGGGCGUCCAAGAGAGUCCAGCAAGUGCCAGGACCGUCUCCUUAAGUUGAUUUAGCUGCAGGAUCAGGGCACCACUAGUGCAGAGGUUGCUCAGGAAUGACAGCAGGCAGGUGUGAGUGCAUCUGCACGCCCAGUGAGGCGAAGACUUUUGGAGGAUGGCCUGGUGUCAAGAAGGGCAGCAAGGAAGCCACUUCUCUCCAGGAAAAACAUCAGGGACAGACUGAUAUUCUGCCAAAGGUACAGGGAUUGGACUGCUGAGGACUGGGUUAAAGUCAUUUUCUCUGAUGAAUCCCCUUUCAGAUUGUUUUGGGUAUCUUGACGAAAGCUUGUCCGGAGAAGAAAAGGUGAGCGUUACCAUCAGUCCUCUGUCUUGCCAACAGUAAAGCAUCCUGAGACCAAUCAUGUGUGGGGUUGCUUCUCAGCCAAGGGAGUGGGCUCACUCACAAUUUUGCCUAAGAACACCGCCAUGAAUAAAGAAUGGUACCAAAACAUCCUCUGAGAGCAACUUCUCUCAACCAUCCAAGAACAGUUUGGUGACAAGCAAUGCCUUUUCCAGCAUGAUGGAGCACCUUGCCAUAAGGUAAAAGUGAUAACUAAGUGUCUCGGGGAACAAAACAUCAACAUUUUGGGUCCAUGGCCAGGAAACGCCCCAGACCUUAAUCCCAUUGAGAAUGUGUGGUCAAUCCUCAAGAGGCGGGUGGACAAACAAAAACCCACAAAUUCUGACAAACUCCAAGCAUUGAUAAUGCAAGAAUGAGCUGCCAUCAGUCAGGAUGUGGCCCAGAAGUUAAUUGACAGCAUGCAAGGGUGAAUUGCAGAGGUCUUGAAAAAGAAGGGUCAACACUGCAAAUAUUGACUCUUUGCAUGAACUCAAUGUAAUUGUCAAUACAAUAUUUUGACACUUAUGAAAUGCCUGUAAUUAUACUUCAGUAUACCAUAGUAACAUCUGACAAAAAGAUCUAAAAACACUGAAGCAACACGCUUUCUGAAAACCAAUACUUGUCAUUCUCAAAACUUUUGGCCACGGCUUUACAUAAAACAACAAUAUUGAACAACAAUAUUGA